AUGGUCGGCAGCAUCGACAAUUACGCCGUCAAGAUGACCAAGGCCGGCGCAAAGGGGCGCCAUUACGACUUCACCAACCGACGGACGGUGCCUCCGUGGCACGGAAUCGUGAGAAUGACGCGGGCCUACCAAAAGAAACUCCAGAUCAAGUUCGGUCCCGUCUUCGAGGACCGGCAUGUCCGCUUCAACGCGAAGAACACCUGCGCCAAGUGCGGCCAUAUUGGACAUUGGCUGAGCGACUGUGCCUUCCCCGACGACUCGGGCUUUCUCUACGGCUGCCCCAUCCACAACUCGAGGUCGCACUCGUUCGACGAUUGCCCGGAUUUCCACAGGCUGUCCGAGAGCCAGGUUCUGUGGCUGCUCGUUGUGCUCCGGGGCAACAAGGCGCCCAUCCGCACCACGGUCUCUUGGUCGGAGUACCUCAGAAUCGCCAUUGAGGAGGGCAAGUGGACCAGCUACAACGUCCCCUUGCCCCUGACGUCUGCCUUCGUCCUCGACCUGGUGCUUGGGCCAAAGGCCCGCCACAGCUGGCUCGACUUCGACUACGCCACUCACGGCAACGACUGGCUGCCCAGCGACCCCGCCACCCGAGGCCCUCACGCGGAAGUUGUCCGGAACACCGCGCUCGACAAAGAGGUCCAUGUGCCGCUGACGCGGGGCAGCCUCAAAAAGGGUCGCGUUGGCGCCGCGGUUGGGAGCGAUGCUCCGUCCUAUGCAGAUGAUGGCUACGCGCCUCAAGAGGACAACAACCAAGAGGAAGACUCCCGGGAGACUCCCGAGGCCGAGGCUGGAGGCGACGUUGAGAUGAUGAACGAUCCCCGCGUUGAGGGUGGCAACCCCUUCGUCCCCGAGGUUGAUAAACCCGACGCCUUUGUCCACAACAUGGUGACUAUGGGUCAUGCGGACGAUGCCAGCAAUGACUCGCGCGUCCAAGACAUGUCGGAGGCGGAUAUCUGCAUUUUUUAA